AUGUCAGCACUUGAGAUAGCACGCAAGAAAAUAUCAUUUGAUGUAAAUAAGCUGUCCCACUUCAUUUGGGAAGGAGAGGAGAGAUUCAAGAGAUUCAUGGCAUUUUAGAAGCUAUGCAGUUCUGAUCCUCUUCUUCGUAAUAAUCCUAAGGACAUUGGAAUAGGAAGAGCCGAAACAUAUGAACUAUAUGCAAGGAAAAUGAAGAAGUUGUUGGAGGUGGCUGACUUGCGUGAUAUCAAAGAAUUCGCAACCUUGAUCUAUCCAGAGGCUUUGGUGUCAUCAUUGAAUUAUGAAAUGUUCAUGCCCACAAUAAUGAAUUUGGGAACAGAAGAAUAAGUGAAGCUGUUUUAUGAGCCAGCAUCAAGAUGGGAGAUCUUGGGUUGUUAUUCAUAGACAGAAUUAGCACAUGGUUCAGAUAUAAAUAGAAUCGAAACAACAGCCACAUAUGAUAAAUAAACAAAAUCUUUCAUAAUUAACACUCCCUCAUUGAAAGCCACAAAAUGGUGGGGAAGUGACAUGGGCAUAACAGCUACUCAUGUCGUAACCUAAGCCUAAUUGUAUAUAGACGGUAAGAGAUGCGGAGUAUAGAAUUUUGUUGUCUAAAUCAGAGAUGUGAAAACCCAUCUAAACACUUCCAGGCAUUUUGGUCGGUGAUAUUGGUGCUAAGUUUGGAUACAAUGCAAAAGAUAAUGGAUAUUUGAGAUUU